GUCAGAGAUGUGACUCCUGCAAGCCAGGAUUCUAUGAGCUGGACACUGCCAACCAACAGGGUUGUAAACCCUGUGACUGUCACCCGGUGGGCAGUGAAGAUGACCAGUGUGAUCAAGUGACUGGUCAGUGUCGUUGUCGUGGAGGUGUUUUUAUAAACAAAAACUGUACACCUGAGAUCAAAUCUAUAGAUCCUACAUAUGGACCCAGUGUUGGAGGUACACUAGUCACUAUCACCGGAAAUCUUCUGGGAAAUAAAACAGAAAGUUUGGCUGUUUUUCUCAAUGACACAUCACAGGAUUUGAUUUUAGUAUCUGAUAUGAUGGUGGUGUUUAAAACAACAUCUCACAGAGCAUUCUCACAGCUAACAACUCCAGUAAAACUUAGCUGGAAGGAAGACAGCAGAACUUUAAUCACACCGACUGUAUUUUCAUAUCAAGGAAAUCCUGUGAUUGACAUCAGCAGAGCCCAGAAUGUCACCACAUUUAUCAGUGGUGGGUGCCAUGUUAAGAUCUAUGGCAGAAAUCUGCAGAGUGUCAAGUAUCCAAAACUAGAAGUAGCACUUGCAUCAGACACUACAAACAGAACUGCAGUGAACUGUCGGCACACUAAAGACUAUGUGAUUUGCCCAACUCCGGAACUGAAAAGCCUGUAUACAUCAGCUAAUGACAGAUUUCUCAUGACUGCUGUCUUUGAUGGAGUGACCUCUUCAAGCAUUGGAAAUAUAGAUGUGAAACCUGAUCCAGAGAUAUAUGAUGUUGGCACAAUCAAUUUUCAGUAUCCAUUUGAAGACACCAUAACUGUGGGCGGCAAGGGUCUCGGAGCAGCCUGCCAGGAGUAUGAACUGAAAGUGUUCACUGGAUCUGUCACCUGUGGCAGUAUUCACAUCACAGAUGCAGAGAUCAAGUGUAAGCCAGCAGUGUCACCUCCUGGAGGUUACAAACAUCUACCUAUACGGGUCAUUGUUGGUAACAUCAACAGACAAGUUGGUACUCUGCAUUAUCUGGAGCUACACGAGACUACUAAUUUUAUAAUCAUCAUAAGUUGUAUAGCCGCAGCCAUUGGAAUUGCAAUCAUUGUUGUCAUUAUUUGCUGUAUUUGGUGCCGCAGAAAGAAAAAGACAACCACCACACUAAUUGCUUCAGAUGGUGAAGCUUCAAAAGCUUUCUCAGAAUUAACGAAACCUACAGAACAACCUGUGCUACAGGUACAGAGGCAGGAUGUGCCUGUCCUUAAGGAAACUGUUUUCCGAGAACCUAAGAAAGGAAUUGUCAACACAGAGGCAGAGGAUGCAGUAUUCAGUGAAGAGUUUUUACCUAAAGUGAAUGUUGACCUAAGAGAGGACUUGAGACAGUGCUACAUUGGGGCAGGACAUUUUGUGCUGGGCAGACACUGUGCUGUGAGAGGUAAAAAAGCACAACUGAUAGAUGGCUCCCUACAGAAAAGUCGCACACCUGCUGUAAAGCUCACCAUUAAAUCCCUUCUCCACCCAAUUACAGACUCACAAUUACCUGUGUGGGCUAACAUGGCUCUAGGUGAGUGCCUCCGUUUGAGGCAUUACACACACUCUCACAUUCUCACCAUCCUGGGAGUUGGAGUCAGCCAAGAUCAGUUUCAUAUUCUUUACCCCCGCAUGUCCCAGUACAUUCUCAAGACCGUGAUAUGCGAUACGAGCAAGGAAUUGAGCAUCAGACAGCUGUUAUCUUUUGGACAGCAAGCAGCAGAAGGAGUUACAUUUCUGGCUUCAAAGGACAUUACCCACAAGGACAUUGCAGCUCGAAAUUGCCUGGUGGAUGAAUUCUCAGUGGUUAAACUGUGUGAUGCUGCUUUCUCUUGGGACUUUUUUGAAAACGAAUAUGUAUACGAUGAACAACGAGAGCGCUACCUUCCAAUCAGAUGGAUGGCCCCAGAGAGUAUAAAAGAUGGAUACUAUGACAAGAGGACAGAUGUGUGGUCAUUUGCAGUAUUGGUGUGGGAGCUGCUAACAAGAGGUUGUCUACCUUACCACGAUGCCACCAGCUCACAGGAUAUCAGCAACUACAUCACCCAAGGCUACAUCCUGGGAAAGCCAGACAUACUCAGUGACAGAAUAUAUGAUCUGUUGUGCAGUUGCUGGACUGAAGAAAAUGAACAGCGACCGGACAUCGCUGCAGUGUCCAAGACUCUCAAAAACAUGUUAGAGACUGAAGAUGAUGGAACUUAUGCAAAUGUUGGGGAAGUUGCUGCGCACUCGAUGCAAAACUCUAAAAGAAACUCUGUGCAGCUGAGACGGUCUCCUGGCGGUGACCGAGGCAAAACAUACAGCACUUCCAGACUUAGCGACGUUUAG